CCUUCAAAACUUGAGAGAACAUCAUCUCCCACAGUCCAUUCCAAAUUAUCAAACCUUCCAAAAUAAACAAACCCAGAAAUAAAUUGAUACUCAUUAUCAUAUUGUAUCAAGUUACUAAUAUCAUACUGGUCUCAGAAUCUCUCAUAGGACCUAAGUAACCUGUAGGGGAUUCAGUAAGCCAUGGCCUCCACCUCCUCCACACUUACCAUCUCCUCCUCUUCUACCCCUUUUGACACCAAGACUCCUCGCCACUCCGCCGCACCCUCACCGCAAUGUGUGACACUCCCUACGCUUCCUCCACCGCCGGUGCAGUCUCAAAACCGCCCAGGGAAGACCACUGCCUAUUGCCGUAAGAUUGCUCGCAAUGUCAUGGCCAUGGCCACUGGGGAAGCACCAGCAGAAGUUGCAACAACCGAGCUGCCAGAGGUUUUGAAGACAAUUCAAGAAUCUUGGGACAAAGUUGAAGACAAGUAUGCAGUGUCUUCACUUGCAGUAGCUGGUGUUGUUGCAUUAUGGGGCUCUACCGGGAUGAUUUUGGCAAUUGAUCGGCUUCCUUUGAUUCCUGGAGCUCUCGAGCUUGUUGGCAUUGGCUACACUGGGUGGUUUGCAUACAAGAACCUGGUGUACAAACCAGACAGGGAAGCUUUGAUACAGAAGAUAAAAGACACAUACAAAGACAUAAUUGGCAGCAGCUAGAACAAAACCAGAACAGUAAUGCUGCUGAGAUGAAUUGGAAAUACGUACUUGUGGCCGGUUUUUGAAGCUUAAAUCUUGCAGCAUUGUUCAUGAAGAUCUGGACAUCCUUCAUUUUCUUUGCAUCAGCUUAUCCUAACCAUGGUGAAAUCAAUGUCGUGUACUUUGUCUGUGAGAUACAUGUAACUAGUACUAUAUUUGAACAUCCUUCAUUUCUGAUAUGUUACAGUAAAAGUAAAACCAAGUAGAAUAAUCUGCAGAUUAUGAGCAGCUGAUCAGCUAAUGACUUGAUCUUUUCUCUCA